UAGUGUAGUGGUAUAGAAGCAUACUUCCAUUUUCUCGACCCUUUCGGCCAACAGCGAGCACGUGUUUAGUUGCCGGCCGCUUCGAGCGCAUUUUUUCCCGUGAAUUUCCGCGUUACGGUAAACCACGGGACACUAUUGAUUGCUGCUCCAGACUGAAUUAAUCAAGAAGGACAGCAUGAAUCCUGAAAAAUUGAAGAAGUUGCAGGCCCAAGUGCGAAUCGGUGGCAAGGGUACUCCCCGACGCAAGAAGAAGGUUGUACAUGCAACAGCAGCCACAGAUGACAAAAAAUUGCAGAGCUGUCUGAAGAAAUUAUCUGUAAAUACCAUCCCUGGCAUCGAAGAAGUUAACAUGAUCAAGGAUGAUGGCACUGUUAUUCACUUCAACAAUCCUAAGGCUCAAGCUAGUCUAUCUGCUAAUACUUUUGCCAUUACUGGUCAUGGCGAAAACAAACAAAUCACAGAAAUGUUGCCUGGAAUUUUGAGUCAACUUGGACCUGAGGGUUUGACUCAAUUGAAACGGUUGGCCAAUACUGUUGCUGGUAGUGCAGUUGGCAAAGCUGCUUUGGAUGAUGACGAUGAAGUGCCAGACCUAGUCGAGAACUUUGACGAAGCCAGCAAAGAAGAGGUUGCGCCAAAAAAAGAAGUGGAAGAAAAACCCGUUGAAAAACCUGUUGAAAAACCCGUUGAAAAACCCGUUGAGAAACCCGUGGAAAAACCCGUAGAGAAACCCGUAGAAAAACCCGUAGAGAAAGCAGCCGAAGAAAAAAAAGAACCGGCCCCAGUAGCUGAAGAAAAGAAAGAUGCGCCCUUAGCUAAGCCCGAAGCUUAAAAAUGGAUGAAGAUGGUGCUCGACAAGGAGACGCAGUUCCGAUUGACGAGUCACGAGUCUCAUAAGCGCAGGUAUAUACACGCGCAUAAUCACAAAGACACAACAUACACACGUUAUAAACAAUUGACACACCCUACGAUACAAUUAUAUGAGUAACAUUGAGAACAAAAAUAAAACUAUUGGAAAGCUCGAAGAUUUGAAGUGACAUUGUAUUUUACUUUCAGUGUUUCCGUCAAUAAAUACUGCUUCAAAUCAGUCAAAUUUUCCUCAAUUACUCCGUUUUUGAAAUUAUGCAAUUAGAAUCAGAAUAAAAUGUAAAGAAUUAUAAGAUAUAUAGGAGCACUCUAUACAGCAUGACUGCGGAUUUUAAAUAUUAAAGACAGAGCGUAAAAGUAAAAAUAUAGUUAUUAUAACAUAAGAGUUCGAUCAUUACUUCAACUCAAUAACGAGCAAGCAAUUUGUGUAUUGACGAGCCACUUAAUAUUUACUUUCGUCCUUUUACUUCAUGGCGCCUUCAUGAAAAGUAUGUUAGACAUUUCAUAUAGUCAUGUAGAAUACACAGUAUGGUAAACAAACAAGGAAAAUUGUUUAUCCAACUGUCUAAUAAUGUUACUUCACAGGAGAAAGUCUAUGUAGAAUAUAGUGCGAAUCAAAAUUGCCAAAAAAAUAAAACGUCAGAGAAUAAUUACUGUAGCGAAUUAAGUUAGUGUGACUACAUUUAAAUGACUAUAGUUUUUACAAUUAGCAGCUUCUCUGUGUAGAGUAUCUGAUACAAUGUUUUGUAAUUUUAUGGAAUAAACUUUUCUUUUCUCAA